AUGUCUGGUGAUCCGGACCUUAACGUUGAAAGUUUAAUAUCUCGGCUAUUAGAGGUUCGAGGAUGUCGGCCAGGAAAAAUUGUUCAAAUGACAGAAGCAGAAGUUCGUGGUUUGUGUUUAAAAUCACGUGAAAUAUUUCUUAGCCAACCAAUUUUACUUGAACUUGAAGCACCAUUGAAGAUAUGCGGGGAUAUUCAUGGUCAAUAUACCGAUCUUUUACGUUUAUUCGAAUAUGGUGGAUUUCCACCAGAAAGCAAUUAUUUGUUUUUGGGUGACUAUGUAGAUCGUGGAAAACAAUCAUUAGAAACCAUAUGUCUAUUAUUAGCGUACAAAAUUAAAUAUCCAGAAAAUUUUUUCCUAUUACGUGGGAAUCAUGAAUGCGCUUCUAUUAACAGAAUAUAUGGCUUUUAUGAUGAAUGUAAAAGACGAUACAAUAUUAAAUUAUGGAAAACAUUCACGGAUUGUUUUAAUUGUUUACCAAUAGCAGCAAUUAUUGAUGAGAAAAUUUUCUGUUGUCAUGGAGGUUUAUCGCCUGAUUUACAAACAAUGGAGCAAAUUCGACGAAUAAUGAGACCAACAGACGUACCCGACACUGGCUUAUUAUGCGAUCUGUUGUGGUCGGAUCCAGAUAAAGAUACUCAGGGAUGGGGUGAAAAUGAUCGUGGUGUCUCAUUUACAUUUGGUGCAGAUGUUGUUAGCAAGUUCUUAAAUCGACAUGAUAUGGAUCUUAUUUGCCGUGCACAUCAGGUUGUGGAAGAUGGAUAUGAAUUUUUUGCAAAGCGUCAGUUAGUGACGUUAUUUUCGGCUCCAAAUUAUUGUGGUGAAUUUGAUAAUGCUGGUGGAAUGAUGAGCGUUGAUGAAACACUCAUGUGUUCGUUUCAGAUAUUAAAACCAAGCGAAAAGAAAGCAAAAUAUCAAUAUGGUGGUUUGAAUUCUGGUCGUCCGUUGACUCCGCCACGUGCUCCUGGCGCACCAACUGCACAACCACCAAAAGGGAAAAAAUAA